GUCUUUUUGAUGGAAUGAGCUCCAUCCCCCCAUCCCUCUUCCAAGAAGAGGGGUAUAUAUAAUGGGAGAGAUAGGGCUAGGGUUUACAUACAAAGACCAAUGGGCCGGCCCAACAGGCUCGGCCGCCCUAAAUAACUAAUUGAUAAACGACUAACAGGCCGAUCGCACAAACUGGACCUCCCCGACUAAUAUUAUACAAAGACCGGAUACCCCCUGUCCAGGGUAUCCAUCAUGAGUCCCCUACUUCUCGAGCCGAGAGGAACUCGAGGUGAAGCGGAAGUAGAACAAUAAUCCACCAUAGGACACCGUCUUCCUUGGUUUCUACGGCACUGCCAACUCGCUGUCCUGAGCACGGUGAAGUAAGGCAAACAAUGCCACAAGUCUGAAAUGUAAUGUCAACUUGCUGUCCGGAACGGCAAGGCAUGAAGAACUCAUCAUCUGCAUUCUGUUUGUCGUCUUCAGAAAUCCUCCCACAAUCCCGUCAAUGUGUUAUCCACCCCACGAGGGAUGCCUCAUUAAAAACUUGCCGAGGAAAAUACCCAUGAGGAUGGGAAAAAAUCCUCGGUCAAGAAAAGAGUACAUCUCGUCCCACAGAGUGGAUCAAGAAAACAUUGCUAGGGGGUGAGGUCUUCUGUGUGAAUCUCAAAAGAGGUGAUCUUCAAGUCCCCCGGACUCGUUGUCCGGAGUCGAGGGCUCUCCAGAUGUGAGAUGUAACAAUUACGAGCCGAGCACCCGAAGUCCCCCACUCCCUAAGCCGAAGAAGAAUUCCGAGGUGAAGGGGAGUAGUGUCCAUGCUCGGCUCCGGUGGGGUUCUUUGGCUCCCUCACGAGAUGGCCGAGGCCGAGGCCGAUCUUGAGUGCCUCACAAAGUGGUUGAGGCCGAGCUCGAGUGCUCCACGAGGUGGUCGAGGCCGAGCUCGAGUGGUUGAAGGCCGAGCUCGAGUGCUCCACAAGGUGGUCCAGUCCGAGCUUGAUCUUCUCAUCCUUCUAACCUGCAAAAUAAGUUCAAAAAAGAACACAAGGCGCUCGCGGGCUCAGGUGGACUGAUCACCACGCGGCCGAGAAGAGUAAGUCAACGUAUGAGUUGGGUCCAAUGUUUUGGACAAAAGAUAGACCUUAUCAGCGAAGAGUGCCGAUCGUGUAGUAGUCUGGUCUAGAACAAAUCUUGGCGUCAUCCUUAGUGAGACGGGGGUCUUCAAAUGAGAGCUGCUAGGGUAAGUGAGAUAGGCACAAAGGAUGCACCCCUCGCCUUAGAUCCGAGAGCAAAUAUUUCACGUCAUGGAAGACGGAUAUAUAGGAGUGCGUCGAGAUGGACGACUUACCUCGGCCUCGCGAAUAAUAUCGUCGCGGACAAUUUGGAGUGCCUCGCGGGGAGGGCUUACCUCGGCCUCGUGGAAGAGGAACUAAAAUCACGUUGUGGGAGACGGAUGGGAGUGCGUCGUGGUGGACGUCUUACCUCGGCCUCGUGGAAGAGGAAAUGAGAUCGCAUCGUGGAAGACGGAUGGGAGUGCGUCGCGAUGGACGUCUUACCUCGGCCUCACGAUAAUAUCGUCGCGGACGAUCUUCAACACCUCGUAGAGAGGUUUUACCCGGCCUCGCUAAGGAAUGACUAAAUGAGUUGGAUCUGAGCCAUGCCUUGAGGCAGGUCGCUGGCCUGUGUGGGGUGCGAGAUUAAGCUUUGCACCCGUCCCACAUCAGGGCUUAAAGUGUUGAACACAAAGUGUAAUACCAUCGUCCAAGUGAGGUCCGAUCACAUGUGGUGGACAAGAGCCGACAUAUCGACAGGAGGAACCAGUUCGGCGCAUCGAGCAAGACUGCACACUUGUCGGAUUGACAAUUGAAUCACGCCGACGUUGAUGUCUACAGGGUACGCCUGCACAGCGAGAAACAUCACCGGAAGGAUGGAGGUGGGUCAUUGCCAGUCGGUCUGAACUGGUGUCAGAGUCGAGCUACUAGGUCGUCGGCUGCACCGGUUUGCUAUUGCGGCAGUUGGCUGAUCUGUCGUCAGAGACUUGCAGCCGCUGCACUCGCUAGAGUGAAGGUGUCGCUGGAAUUUGAACGAAGCAGAGGAAUGGCUGUUGUAAAACCCAAAGCCACCGACCCGUCGCUGGUGGAAGGAGCACCGUCUGGGUCAGGUCGUUAUUUGACCCGUCCAAGUUUUUUAGAUCUACAAUCUAUUUAUCUCACCUAUCGGUAUUCUCUCGUUGUCGCGCUGUUUGCCCGAAUCUGAGGUUGGAGUGUCGCCUGGAGCCUGACGCAGAGGACACAAACGGACUAAGGCUUCGCCGCCGGUGCUCAGGGGCUUAGGACGGAGCAGUGCGCCGGCGUCCAUGGAGAAUACCUUACCCGCAUCGAUGUUCGGUGAAGCGUUCGUCUGGAACUCCGGGGCUUAGAGCGGCGCUGUACGCCGGCGUCAAUGACCCCGUCAGGCGAUGUGGCGAGACAGGGUCCUCCCAGAUCCGGUUACAACCUUCUUCCUUAUGGAUUUCUUUUUUCAAAGAAAUCCAAAUUUGUGUAGCCUCAUAGUGAAAAUGGGAGGAUUCGAUUCCCCAAAGAGGGAUGAAUCUCCUGGCUGGAAAAAAAAUGACAGAAUCGAAGCCAUUUUUUUCAAAAAACAAAAUUGUGAGCACGCUUGAUGUGUCCGACACUCUCAACGAGAGCACCAAUGUUGGGUUAAGGAACCCGAGGGCCUAGGUAACUAGGCGAAA